ACGGCGCGGGUAGUUUAUCCGGUAGAAAACGACACAACAAACCGAUGAAGGCAGACAGGUGUAGAAGCAGCCAAUCGUCGUCCUCCUGCUCGAUUGCGUAUUGAUUUGGGUUGGAGCGUCUCCUUUGGCCACCGGGCUGCUCUCAUCAAUCUUACCGACACUCUCCACCUGUAUGUGUGUGUGUGUAUGUGUGUGAGUGUGUGUGGAUCUUCAGUUCAAGGAUGUUUUUUUGUACUUUGAGUCAACGGAGCUAACUGGACUCCCUCGUGCGCGAAUGUGAAUAUAACCGCAUGCGACGUGAAGCGAGAGGAGAAAUUAAAACAUUGAUGAGAGUUUGGCGAAAAGUGCAACUCGGUUGAACGCUCGUGCGCUGCUGCUGCUGCUGCUGCUGCUGCUGCUGGACUUCAUAUCAGGAAAAAAGAAAACAUAACCAGUGUGAGCUUCUUAUCUUUGCAUACGAUGGGAAGAAACAAGUGCAUUGAAAAAUAAAGGAAUAAUUCACUCAUAACGCAAAAAGCAACACGGAUCGAUCAACGAGGCUGAUUGAGUCCACCUCAAGUCUCUAAACUGGAUCCUACUGCGGGCAUCGAUUAACGGAUUUGACUGAUCACCUUCACACACUCAACGGGAGAAGAUGCCGUUCCACCAUGUGACGGCGGGCCUGCUCUACAAGGGGAACUACCUGAGCCGCUCGCUGUCAGACAGUGACAGCGACGUGCUGGCCAGCAUCUCCGUGGAGGAGCUUGACGAGAUCCGGGAGGCGUUUAAGGUGCUGGAUCGUGACGGAAACGGGUUCAUUUCCAAGCAGGAGCUGGGUAUGGCCAUGCGCUCUCUGGGUUACAUGCCCAGUGAGGUGGAGCUGGCCAUCAUCAUGCAGAGACUAGACAUGGAUGGUGACGGACAGGUGGACUUCGAUGAGUUCAUGACGAUCCUCGGACCCAAACUCCUGUCGUCUGAAACGAGAGAAGGUUUCCUGGGCAGCACAAUAGAUACCAUCUUCUGGCAGUUCGACAUGCAGAGGAUCACCCUGGAGGAGCUGAAACACAUCCUGUUCUACGCCUUCCGCGACCACCUCACCAUGAAGGACAUCGAGAACAUCAUCAUCAACGAGGAAGAGAGCCUGAAGGAAAACUCUGGGAACUGUCAGACAGAGUUUGAGGGAGUUCACCCCUCAAAGAAGAACCGUCAGACGUGUGUGAGGAAGAGCCUCAUCUGCGCCUUCGCCAUGGCAUUCAUCAUCAGCGUCAUGCUCAUCGCAGCCAAUCAGAUGCUGAGGAACGGCAUGGAGUAGCCGUGCUCACUGUGAGCGGGGGGGACAAGCCAGCCUGCAUGUGCAUGCCAGUGGGUGAGGUCAUGUCCCUGCUGAUUGGAAAAGAACGACAAAUAAUCGUGAACGAGAUCCAUUUUUAAAAUUACUCUUAGUUUUUUUUUUUCGAGCGAACGGCGCCUCUCCGCCCGACGUCCAAUGAAACCAUGAAGCCAGCAUGAGGAGUCAUGCAGGACUCCUCCCACUUUACUCUGACAGGGACACUCAAGGGCUGACAUUACACAUUAUACUCCGUCGUCUCUGUUUCCCUGAUGCAAUAAAAAAUAAUGUAAAAAGAAAAAGAAAAAAACAUUGAGUGCAGAAGUUCAGAGCUGCUUCCUUUCCCAGCGAGAUGUGAGUGUGUGUGUCUGCAGAUCUGCCACCCACCAGGAGUCUGAUGAGCCACCAGGGCUGCAGUCUGGGCCCUGACAGGGGAUGCGAGGAGGGGGGGAACAGUUGCCCCCUUAUUAUAGUUCCUGGAAGAAUGAUGGCAGAGCUCGCCGCCACUCAAGCAGAAGGAUCUGCAAGCGUCAGGCCACAGCUCCUGGAGCUCUUGUGGUGCUACGAUACUUCAGCUCUCCAACUUUCUAUUUUCAACUUCUGCAUCUGGGGGCUGGUAUGAGGCGCUGGCAUCAGUUCAACAGCGCCACAAAGCAAGCAGUCAAGAGAGGAACGUGUUAAAAGCUAACUCCAGGACUUGUGAUGUUCAUGAAUGAAUACAGCUGCUCUGAAAGUUGAGUUUUGGAUCAUCUCUCUCUUGGAUACUGUUGGGUGAACACUGUUCAAAGUGCAAAGAAGAGGUGACUGUGUCUUUUAAUUAAAAAAAAAUCCACCCUCCAGUGCUCUCUCACUGUUAUAUCAUCUAUCUGCGUUGCUCAGUGCUCUCCAGGAGUUAUUUUGUGAGGUGAUUUGAUUCAACUUUUUUGGUGUACCUACUUUCUCUCAGUCUGUCUCGUCUACUUUUACCUCUGUUGAUUUCCUAUAUUUCCCAAAAAUGACUUUGGACAACCUCCAGAGAACAGGUGUGAACCCAUCGCACUCAGCUGUGUGUUCAUGUGUAGGUGGAAAGCGCAGUGACAGAUGCAUGAGAGAAAUAGCAAGAGGUUUUCUGGUUGACAAAACCUGAAUUGCACCUUUUGCUCUAAAUGAAGCCUUUGCUCUUUAAUCCUGAGCGACUGACACCGAAACCUAACAUGUCAUUAAUGCUUUAGAUGCUCGUUGUACAUUUUGAACAUCUGCUCUCAAAUUCAGACAUGUUGGAAAAUGAUGUGAUGCCGUAUCUGAGUCUGACCAAACAGCCAGGCUGACUUGGGAAUGGAGGCUUUAUCAGCACAGAUGGAGGAUUUCUAAACAGUGAAGAAGAGUUUCAGGGUGGAUUUUUUUUUUUUGUCCGUCAAAUCUACAUGAAUCGAGUUAAAGACUUCUGACCUUGGUGUUGUGAAAAGCUUUGAUCCCCUUCAGGUCCCUGUGCUCAAAAACAGUUUGACAUCAGAUAAUUACUUUUUUUUGUUUGUUUGUGAUGUGUGCACUAUUUGUAUUUUGAUAUUAGGUUUUAUUCAUUUGUUCUGGCUAAUUUCAAAUAAAGAAAUAGAAUAAAAGGCUGUGCAAAACUAAGGCACCUUAUCACAUGUACACAUAAACACUUAUCAUCUGUUGUUGACUGUAGAGCUGAAAUUCAAACAAAGUUGAUCAUUUUUUAAUAAUUUUAGUCACUUUUUAAGCAAAAAUUACAAAACAAAAAAAAAAAACAGAGUUGUGAAUAUUUGCUUGUUUUCAUUGUCUUGUCUAUAGAAGUGAAUGUAGAGUAGAUGCAAGGCUCCAGGUCAUUAGAGCUGGGAUAGCAAAUUUCAUUUAAAGACAGAAAUACUUUCAGUUAAACUGAAGCUACAACCUGAAGAUGAGAUCUGAGCAACAUGGGAUGUGAAAGUUUUACCAAAUAUGUUCCUCUCACAGAUUUACCCAAUUACUUUAACACUCACUAUAUUUCAUUUAUCUUUAUUUUGAAGCUCAGAAAUGACUGAACAGACCACAGAUAAUUAGAUCAGAUCAUUUCAUUUGAAAUCAUUUUGUUGGGUGUGCAGACUUUCUCACAGCACUGAAUAAACUUAAAGACACGCUGUGCUCCCGCUGAGGUCAGCUCUGAACUCCUGCACUGACUCUCAUCUCAACAUGUUAACCCAGAAACACCCAUAUUAUCAAAUGCAUGCUAUCAAGUCAGUGUCUUCUGUAAAUACCGUAACCCAUGUCUGAAGUGUCUCAAGUGUCUGUCGAAGGUGUACAGUAUCUCUGUAUGUGCAUGACUCUUGGUGCUCUCUGCUCACUCGGGUUCAGAGGUGCGGGCGGGGGGGCUCAGCAGGCGGGAGGGGCGGCUGCUUCAUCACAAACAGGUCAGGCGCCAGGCGGUGACGGCCCUUUCUGCUUCCUCUCAACUCUUCUUGCCAAAGCCAUAGAACUCCACAGAGGUGAACCAGACGAUACAAUAUAGACGCUUUUCCCUGUUCGCACACGGAAACACAAGAUCAAACGGGCAUUUUUUGGCAGAAAUAUGUCGAUCCUGUAGGAUUUGGUUUGUUCCUGUUGUUGUUGUUGUUAUUGUUGUUUCACUGUACCUGUCAUCCAUUCCAAUGAAAUGACAAGGAGGGCUGUAGGUUUGUGCAAGACUGCCAUCUAGAGGUGAAGGGAGAUCACAUUGUUCAUGCUCUUGUCCCAUCACAGUGUAUGUGUACUUCUCACUCUCUAAGCACUAUGGGAAUGUGAUGUCAGGCAGGACUCUCACAGCAUUAUAUUCACAAUGUCUGAGAAAUUGUUGAUAUUAAAUGUUAAAAUAUGAGGAUUUUUAUGUAUAAUGUAUAGUUUGACUUUGGUCUACCGACACUGCGGGUAGAGCAGCACUUGUACGCGAACACAUAUUUAAACACAGUCUAUUUAUAGGAAUAGAUUUCUUGCCUAUGGCAGAAAAAGUCCUUUUGAAUCUGUAAAAGGUUUCAGUCACAGAUGAUUUAACAAUAUGACAUUUUGGAGACUGAAUAAAAAAAGAACAGUCUUCAGAAUCUUGUAGGUCACACUGGUUUUCAUUUUUUUUCACACUGAUUAAAAGGAGUUUUUGUUCUUUUUUUAAUCUGUCAAUCUUGCAGUACAUGGUGGAUAUUUCCCACCAAACUCACAGCUGGUCACUGCUGUCAUGCAGCGGCUAACUGGAAAAGUGCUUCAUUUAUUUGUUCUUUGAGAAGAACUCUUUUUUUUCAAAUUUUACUUUCGGGAUUUGAGUUGCAGUUACCGUGGUUACAGGUUUGCUGUAAUCAAACUGUCCCCGCCCCCUCUGCAGAACAGUUGCAUGUCUCCAUGGCUGAAGUAGAGUUUUAUUUUGAAAGGGAAGCGCACAGUGUCUCUUCAGUAGCAUGGUGGUUGGAUCCCACGUUUUUGUUAAUGUAACUUUGUAUAAAGCUAAUAAGUAUAUCUAUUAGACAAGCACAUACUAUACAUACUUUGCAUGUGCGAUAUUUAAACAUGUAGACUAGAGAGAGACUUUGAGUUGUACUAUUUAUUAGAGGCAUAAUAAUUAUAAAAUUGUAAAUACGGAAAUCUGUACAAAAGUCAAAGGAUUAAGCAUUGAUGCAAUAAAACAGUGUUUUUUAAACCUGCUGUAUGUUGUAUUUUACACUGGACCUCAUCAUCAGGACUGAACCCUCAGACCUUUGGUUGCAGGACAGUUUAACUUUAAAGCCAUCCAAUACUAUGCAACAAACAUUCCUUCAAAAGUUGAUAUGAACAAAUGGAUUCUUAAAUCGCUGAAGUACAGACUCUUUAAAUACUUAAAUAAUCCCUUGGUCCGUAAUGUAAGAGACUGAGAAACAUAUAAGCUUCAUUUCCCAAGUAAAUCUCUACUUUAAGCUUUUGUGGUAUUUGUUCCUUAGUCUUUAUUAUUUAUUUUACACCCUUAUGUGCA